CUUGAUUUGUUUACGCACAAAAAGAUAACUGCACAAACGCCCCCGAAAAGGUUUUACUAUAAUUACGAGUCUUUGAACGAUUAUUACACACUUCACACUGCACCAUGUCCAAGGAGCAUUGGAUGCGCGAUUUGCCGCCUGAGCUGCGGGACAUGUCAAUCAUUAAUUUGGCCAUUCCAGGUUCACACAAUUCCAUGACCUACGGCAUCAAUGGGAGCUCCCAACUGGCGCCAGAUGCCGAGCCAGCCAUCCGACGCUGGUAUCGCUUUUUCCCCUGCUUUGUGCGUCGCUGGAGUAAGACACAAGCCUCCAGCAUCGUGGAGCAACUGCAUCUGGGUGUGCGCUACUUUGAUUUGAGGAUAGCACAAAAAGAAGAGAAGCUCUACUACUGCCAUGCCCUGUUUGCCAUGGAGAUCUUCGAGCCACUGAUGGAGCUGCGUCAAUUCUUGGACAGCCAUCCGGAGGAGUUGGUAGUGCUGGAUCUGCAGCACUUCUAUGAUCUGACGCCGAACCACCAUCAGCAGCUGCACAAGGAGUUGAUACAGUUCUUCGGCCAUCGCCUGUACUCCACUGUGGAUGGCUCCCUGCUCGAUUGCACACUGAAUCGCUGCCUGGAAAUGCAACGCCAGGUGGUGAUCAUAUACCGAAGAUGUCCCAUUCCGUUGCCGCUGCGCUUCUGGCCGAGUUUUGCCUGGCCCACUCCGUGGCCCAACAAGGCGAGUGUCAAGAAGUUGCAGUCGUUCCUCGAGGACUCUUUGCUCUCUCGCCAGCCGCAGCAGGGCUAUGUGUCCCAGUGCCUCAUCACACCGACUGGCCGGUACAUAGCCUUUCGCGUAUUCUUCUCCCUGAAGCGCACAGCCAGGCGGGUGGACAAGAAGCUAUAUCCUUGGAUAACAGAACAGACGCCUGGCCCCUUUGAGCCGAAGCAGCAGCCGCGUGUCAAUGUAUUUCUGGGUGAUUUUGUAGAGCUGAAGGACGGGCAAUUUUGCAAUUGGGUGAUGGAUUUGAAUAGCAAACUGGAGCCGCAGCAGGAGGAGGAAGCCAUUUGAUGCUAUUAUUAUUACGUGCAACGCAGUGUUUUCUAUUGGGUGCUAU